AUGGCGACCGCUGCUGCCCCCGAGUCCUCGCUCCUUUCCCUCCUCUACCGGUCGUACCCGACCGUCAUCUCGCCCGAUGCCACCUCGCCCGAUUACCUCCACGCCACACCCAAGAUCUUCCCGCAAACCUCUUUCGUCGAGGCCGAGGAGGCCGACAUCAAGCAGUGGCUCAACACCGUCUCCGGUCUGAAGACCGCUCUCGCCAAGGAUGACAAGCCCGUCGUCGAGAGCAUUCUCGCUCAGCUGAACAUCCACCUGGCCACGCGCACCACCCUGCUCGGUGCGAAGCCCUCGGUCGCCGAUAUUGCUGUCUAUGCUCUGGUCGCCCCGCUGGUCGAGAAGUGGUCACCUGAGGAGCGCACCGGCGAGAAGGGAUUCCACCAUAUCGUGCGUCACAUCGACUUUGUCCAGAACUCCCGCAUCUUUGCUUUGCAGAUCCCCGAGGAGGAGAAGGUGGCCAUUGACGUGAACGACGUUCGCUUCGUGCCCAAGCCCGUCGACCCCAAGGAGGAGAAGGAGCGCAAGAAGCGCGAGAAGGCCAAUGCCCAGAACCCCGAUGCUGCUGCUGAGAAGCCUCUCGUCGUGGGCCAGGGUAAGCCCGGAAAGGACCAGGCCAAGGCCGCCGAUGCUGCCGCCGCCGGUGCCCCCAAGACCAACAAGAAGGAAAAGAAGGAGAAGAAGGAGAAGGCUCCUAAGCCCGCACCGGCUCCCGCUGCUCCUCCCUCACCGUCAAUCAUUGACCUGCGUGUCGGUCACAUCUUGCGCGCCAUCAACCACCCCAACGCUGACUCCCUCUACGUCUCCACCAUCGACUGCGGUGACGCCCCCGGCUCCGAUAACACCUCUCUGGACGAGGAGACUGGCAAGACUGUGCGCACUGUCUGCUCCGGUUUGAACGGCUUGGUGCCUCUGGAGGAGAUGCAGGGUCGCAAGAUCGUUGCCGUCUGCAACUUGAAGCCCGUCACCAUGCGCGGUAUCAAGUCUUGCGCCAUGGUCCUGGCCGCCUCUCCUCGCGUCCCCGAGGGCGGCGAUGCCCACGCCGGCCCUGUCGAGCUCGUCAGCCCUCCCGCUGAUGCUCCUGCCGGUGAGCGCAUCACCUUCCAGGGCUGGUCCGAGGGCGAGCCUGAGAAGCAGCUGAACCCCAAGAAGAAGCAAUGGGAGACCUUCCAGCCUGGAUUCACCACCAACCAGGACCUCGAGGUAUGCUUCGAUAGCAGUGCUGUCCCUGCUGUUGCUGGUCAGGAGGGCAAGCCCGCCAUUGGUAAGCUGACCACCGCCUCUGGUGUUGUCUGUACCGUCAAGACCCUGAAGGAUGCUACUGUCCGGUAA